AUGCUAUUAAAUAUAGUUAAAGGGCCUCGCAGUUUUGAAGACAUAAGGACAGUAGGUGAAAUUCAAUAUCCAGCUCUCCAAGUGACUUGCAUGGCUUAUGGUUUAUUAUACGAUGAUAAGGAGUGGAUUCAAGUUUUGGAUGAAUCUACAGCAUGGGCUUCAUCGCAACAGUUGCGUAGACUUUUUGUCAUAUUACUUAUUUUCUGUGAUGUCGGUGAUCCUGUGAGGUUAUUCAAUACGUUUUGGCGUACUUUGGCGGACGAUGUUGAAUAUAAUAUGCUUCGCAUUUUUGGUAUUGCGUAUACCACUAUACCAGACGAAUUCGUGAAAAAACACGUGCUUUUCGAGCUUGAAAAGUUAUUGAAUCGUAAAGGAAAUUCGCUUCCAGAUUACAAUCUUCCUUUGCCUGCAUGCUCUGUAUUUGCUAAUUCCACAAACAAGCUUAUUGUUGAGGAACUAUUGUUUGACCCGUUUGAUUUAAAAAUAAAAUAUGAAUUGAUGGUAAACACUCUAAAUAAUGUACAUAAUACAAUUCACGAUGAUAUCGAUAAUUCAGUUCAAUCUGGGGAUGGUAGGCUUUUUUUCAUUUAUGGACAUGGCGGAACUGGGAAAACUUAUUUAUACAAAACAAUUAUAUACAAGUUCAGGUCAGAAGGCAAGAUAGUUUUAGUUGUUGCAUCAUCUGGUAUUGCGUCGCUACUAUUACCGGGUGGUCGAACUGCACAUUCAAGAUUUAAAAUUCCAAUUAACUUAGAUGACUAUUCCUCGUGUGAAAUUAAAAGGGGUACACAGUUAUCAGAGCUAAUCAAACAGUCUGCCUUGGUUAUUUGGGACAAAGCGCCCAUGAACCGCUGCCAUUGUUUUGAAGCCAUUGAUCGUUGUUUUCGUGAUAUUUUAUCUACGUCCUGUGAAAAUUUUAAAAAUUUGCCGUUUGGUGGUAAGACUUUUGUAUUGGGUGGUGAUUUCCGGCAGAUCUUGCCUAUUGUGCCCCAAGGAACGAAAGAAGAUAUACAUGUCAAGACAAAUCGAAUGUUUGACGAGGAAAAUAAUUGGAUAAACAUACCUUCUAAAUUUAUAAUUACUUAUGAUGACAAUCCAAUUGAUAGUAUUAUUACCUAUGUAUAUACUGAAUUUAUGGAAAGUUAUAUGCACCUUACAUAUUUACAGGAAAGGGCAAUUUUAUGUCCUCGAAACGAAGUGGUUGAAAUAAUAAAUUCUGUCGUGUUGGAUUUAGUACCUGAACAAGAUCACGUAUAUUAUAGUUACGAUAGUAUAUGUAAUAAUUCGAGUAAUUUAGAAGAAUUGUUAUUGCUUUAUCCUGUUGAAUUUUUAAACACUCUUCAAUUGGAUGGCUUCCCACAACAUGCCUUGAAACUGAAACUAGACACACUUGUGAUGUUGCUAUGCAAUUUGAAUCCUUCAGUAGGUCUGUGCAAUGGAACUCGGUUAUUGAUAAUUCAAUUAGGUGUACGUGUGAUUGAAGCUCAAAUUAUGACAGGUUCAUUUGCCGGUGAUCGGGUUUUCAUCCCGCGUAUAGUUUUGUCAGCAAUAGAUAAAAAAUGGCCUUUUAUUUUAAAACGUCGACAAUUUCCUUUACGUAUUUGCUAUACCAUGACAAUCAAUAAAAGUCAAGGGCAAACUUUAAGUAAAAUAGAAAUUUUCUUAGACCACCCUGUAUUUACGCAUGGACAGUUAUAUGUUGCAUUAUCACGUGUCAUGAAUGAAAACGGUAUAAGUUUGUUAAUAAAAAAAACGACAAAGAUGCUGAAGGCAUAUAUUUGA